UUUUCUUCACCCUACUAAAUAAAUGCACCUACCACUCAUUCAACUCUCUCUCUCUCUCUCUCUCUCUCUAAAUAUAUAUAUAAUUGAAAAACAAAAACAAAAAAAGUGGUCAAUAUUAUAUAUAUGUACGUAGUGUAUUAGAAAUUUAGAACAGAGAUCUUCAACUAGUACUAGCUAGAGCCAUAUUGAGAAAGAAAGAAAAAAAAAACAAGUGGCCGUAUCCCACGAAACGGUGCCGUUUCACAGCCCAAUAAGGAAAAUGAAGAUCCGAAGCCAAUUCAGAAGCUUAACCAUCAUACUCUUGUUUACCGUUACGAUAAUCUUCAUGUCGUUUUCCGGGCCGGGGCAGCGGUACCUGUUGGUGUCUCCGGGAGCGGAGUACGACGUCAGAAUCAUAAACGGGUUCAGCGACAACUCGUCGUUGCCGCUCGUGAUCUGGUGCGCGUCGGAGCAGAGCGACCUCGGUGGGCGGGCGCUGCAGGAGAGAGACGACUUCAGCUGGCGGCUGAGGACCGACGUGUGGGGCAACCCUCACUUCGUGUGUACCAUGAAGUGGGAUCGAAGGAGGAAGAAGUUCGAUGCUUUUAAGGUCUCGAGGGAUGUUCGUCGUUGCAGUCCUCUUAGGAAGUGUUCUUGGUUGGUCACUGAAACUGGCUUUUUCUUUAGCAAUGAUGAAAUCAACUGGAAGAAAGAUUUUUCAUGGCUAUAGAUAUAUAUAUAUAUAUACAUAUAUACAUACAUGUAUGAUGUAUGUAACUGUGCGUAGUUUCUGAAAUUUUGCAGACAAAUAAGACAUGUUGUAGAGACUCUUUUUCGACCAUUUUCAUGGUUUUGAUUAUAGCAUGUUUUUUAGCACUAGUGCA